AUGGAAUAUCCUCGAAUACUUCAGCUACGUCUAUUUAAGUCAGGAAAUCAACAUAAUGAGCGAUUGAGCUCCAGAGUUGAGCAGAAGAAACGAGCGGCUUGGGGAGCUUUCAAGAGCAUUGAGGAUGUAGUGAAAAAAACAGAGAGCUCCCGAUUCGUGUUCGUCUUUCCGACUCCACGAUUUUUCCCCUUCAAGUAUGCGUUAGAAACCUGGUCACUGCGUAAGCAGGAUGAAAGCUCGCUCAACGUUAUUAUAAAUGCAGUCGGAAGGACGUUGCUUGGAGUAUCUCGUGUCACACAAGUAAGGGAGCGAUCCGAAGCCCCUGCUCAACAAUCAAAAAUCAAAGAUGCCGUUUUAUACGCCAAAGUGUCGAAGAUAAGGUGGAGUGGACACUUAAUGCGUGUGAACGACAACAGGUGA